UCUGAUGAUGUAAAUUCAACGUAUUUGACCAUCAGUACACUAUGUGCAGACAAUUUGACAGUUAUGUCAUAUAAAAAUAUUUAGUACGAUAGAAUAAGAGAUGUCGAAAAGCCUUAACCGGCGAGCUUUCUCACAUGAAUAAUGUGACCUCAUCUUUUAAUUUCGUAAUAUCAAAAUUGUUUAUUGAAAUGACAACAUUUUUUCACCUUAAAAGCUAAGAUAUACUUUUUAGAGUAAAAAUGACGAAAAAUUGAUAAGAAAAAGCAAAAGACAACUACGACGACCUUAUAAGUAAAAGAGUGUCCUUUUUAGUUAACAAACAUCAUUUCUCUGUGCCAGUUUAAAACAUGUUUUCUCGGUAUCUAUUAGUGCUACUUAUAAUUUCUGUUCUGAAGUUUGUUGAGCCAUCCGUUAGAUGUUUCACAGAUUGUUAUAUAUCAUUAAAUUUUACUGAUGCAGAUAUUCCAGUAGAUCAAUGUACUAAAAAUAAUGUCUCUGACAGUUGCCUUAUUACAUUAAUUGCUAACCAACCGAAAGAUGACGGAUUUGCUUCAUUUCAAGCUGUUGAUGCAGAUACAAUGCCAUUAUUUCUUACGAAUGGACAACCAUAUGAAAUAUUGGGAACACUGAUAUGGUUUCGAAAAAAACAAACAAAACGAACAUUUACUUAUACGUGUUCGAAAGAAGCUUUCUGCGGUGUUCAAAAAGCACAAGAUAUGUUUGAUGAACUAAAAGAAUUUGAUAUUGAUUCAGUAUGGAAUAAUCUAACUAAUUAUUUAUACGAUAAUAAUACAACAGAUUCAACAGCAAUUGAUGUAACAUGUAUGAAUGAACAGAAUCAACCUGUUUUAUGUAACAAUGGAGUUUGUCAGGCAAUUAUCAGUGAAAAUUC